GACCUGGACGGGAGCCUGGCGGGGUCAGCCCCUGACGAGCUGCCUGGCGCAUGGCUGUGUGGGGACUGGGAGCCCGCCUUGGCCUGCGCGGGGGCCUCGGCGCCGGCAGGCUGCUGUGUCCCCGUUUCCAGAGCCGCGGCCCCCAGGGCGUGGAAGACGGGGACGGGCCACAGCCUUCCUUGAAGACACCCAAGAUCCCCAAGAUAUACACCAAAACAGGAGACAAAGGGUUUUCUAGCACCUUCACUGGAGAAAGGAGACCUAAAGAUGACCAAGUGUUUGAAGCCUUGGGAACUACAGAUGAAUUAAGCUCAGCCAUUGGGUUUGCUUUGGAAUUAGUCGCAGAAAAAGGCCACCCGUUUGCUGAAGAGCUGCAGAAAAUCCAGUGCUCGCUGCAGGACGUCGGCUCUGCCCUGGCGACCCCGCGCUCCUCGGCCAGGGAGGCUCACUUAAGAUGUGCCGCAUUCGAGGCGGGGCCCAUCCUGGAGCUGGAGCAGUGGAUCGACACAUACUCCAGCCAGCUCCCCCCUCUCACGGCGUUUAUCCUGCCGUCGGGAGGCAAGAGCAGCUCCGCGCUGCACUUCUGUCGGGCCGUGUGCCGCCGAGCAGAGAGACGGGUGGUGCCUCUUGUCCAGAUGGGUGAGACGGACGCUAACGUGGCCAAGUUUUUAAACAGGAAUGGGAGACACCCAGAGCAGAGUCUCUUCCACUGCCCCCAAACCCUGCCCCCAGAGAGAUGGCCAGGCAUCAGGAGGAGGGGGGUUCGAUCUCAGUGGGGGCGUGGUCAGGGAAGGUUCCAGCAGGACCCGGCAUGGAGCUGGCCGCAGAGGCCCUGGCGCCACAGUCACAGAAGCUGGCCUGGAGUGUCAUCCAUCAAAGCCCAAGUUGGCCGAGCACCCGCUGUCCCGCCCGAUGCUCCUGGGACUCAGCGACUAUCUCUUCACAUUAGCCAGAUACGCAGCCAUGAAAGAGGGGAAUCAGGAAAAAAUAUACAAGAAAAAUGACCCGUCGGACCGAGCCUGAGGCACCUGGAAAUAAUGCAAAGGGGGAGAUCUGUAGAGCCCUCCGAGGUGAAGAGUUUGUCCUUCCUGUCCUGAUUCUUGAAGAUCUCGCCCAGGGGGGCUGGAGGAGACCCCUGUCCUCCCCACUAGGCUCUCCUGGGUCUUAGAGGAGGUGGUAAUGAAUGAAUUCAGUAUGGGGGAAAAUAAGGCAAAGUGAUCCCAGCAGUGAAAAGCCACAUAGAAAAAAAUUAAAAGUGGGAAAAGCUUAAGCCGUGAGUGUGUGUGUGUGUGUGUGUGCGCGUGCGUGCGUGUGCGCGUGUGCGUGCGCAUGUGGUGAGAGAGCCCUUCCCCUGCCGGCUCAGGUGGCAUAAAGAUUUGGAACGAUACCAGAGACCCUGGGAAAUGUAAUUGGGAUUUAGCUGGGCCAGAGGGGCUGUAAAUGUCACGUUUAUAAAGGGGAAGGCAGGCGGGAUUUGGAAGUUCGGUCACCUCCGAGCCACCAUCCCCACCUACAUGUGGGGGCAGGGCAGCUGCACACUGACAGGUGAGGCCUCACGACUUGCUUCGGACUCAGGGAUGAGGGACCAGGGUCCAGGGAAGAGGGACCGAGGAACGGCACGGCUUGGAGAAGGAUUUCUUUCUCUGCCGGUUUAUGCCUCUGAGAUCCAUGCCAUGGCUGUAUUUUAUCUCUCUUGUCACCGCCGCCCCCUCCCACUGCGAGAUGACACUGCCAGUGCCAGCUGUGUCCUUGGGAAGGGGAUAUUUAUGCAGGGCGAGGAGGCGGCCCUGAGAACGUGAAGAUCGCGCGCUGCUAAUUGCGGGAAAUGACUCCGGAAGGGCAGGCUCUCGCUAACUGUCAGGGCCAAGAUGCCUGGUGAACUCGGCUCAGCAAUCAUUCACUUGCGGAGCCCCUGCUUCACAUCGGGCACCGGCUCGCUUCAGGCAGGCUGGUCACUCUGCUGUCCUCCUUUUGCCAGCGAGUCAGCGAACAUUAAAAUGAUCGGUCACACGUAUAA